AUGCGGUAUACUGAGUGCCUGCGUAAAACCCAAGCUGAUUAUGACUUCAUUGUCAGGAUCACUCAGCAGUACUGGGACCAGGUCACGGAGUUCUUUGGUGCUACAGUAUCAAUUUCCAUCAAGGCCACCCUGAUACUUGCCAUGGUGUACCAGGAGACUAGGGUCAAUAAGAAUCUUGCUAUUGACAUCUACCAGGAACUGCUUGAAGAAAUGGUUUCUUUCUUCGCCAAGCAUAAGGAGACUUCAGUCACACUUCAAGAGCUCCAGAAGUCAACAUUCCAAAUACUGUCGGCUAAAUUGUCCUCUGAACAGUUGACCUCCGCCGUCACGGUGCUCGCAAAUGGCUACAUCGCUACCUCGCAAAUUUCUAAGGCCAAUGCAUUGGCUACAGAGCUCUACCACCAGAGUUUUAUGAAGAACACCUCCAACUCAAAGACGCACAAGCUCGACUUGACCCAGAGUCGCCAGAACUUGAUCUUCCUGGCUCAGCUUGAGCAUAGCCUCUACGCCAAUCGUACCUCCACGAUUGCUCAGAAUUUGGCUUCUUUGACUGCUGAGUAUCUUUACUUCGAGGAAUUUCGCAACCUCACCUCGUCAACUUCAGAGUCGACUUUAUUCCUCUCAGUCUGUCAGUCUGCUUCCAAUCUUCACAGUAUCUUGAUUCAGAACAAACGCGAUAUGAUCGCCAAACGUGUCUAUGAUGACUUCGUCGCCUAUUUCCUCGUCACUGAAGGCAGGCGCAUCCAGCUGACCAACACUGAUGAAGUGAAGGAGCUGCUUUGGGCCCUCCUUGAGUACCUCAGCGAGCGCGAGCCCGACAAAUUCCUACGCUCAGUGGGUAUCGCAAGUUACUACGGUAUUCGAGGGCGCCUCCAGAAAAAGGAAUAUGAUAGCCCAUCAAAUCUUGCUUUGGCUGCCUUCCACUAUAUUUCGGCUGACAGUAAAUACCAUACUGAAGACAUUGUCAAGUACGUCCUCAACUUGGGUCUGAUAAUCUCUGGCCGCACUAGCGUCGCUGAGGCCGAUCAAGUCGCCGCUCAGAAACAGCUGGCCCACGUCUCUGGCCAAAUUAUCAAGGAGACUAUUCAGCUUCAGCAUUCCAAGGGAGGUCAGCCCAUGGUGCAGAGAAUUUGCAAGAAGAUUGCCGGUGUGCACGAGUAUCUACUCCGUGUUUUCCUUGACCCCAAUCUCGUGGACCUGGAUGGCAGUCUUGAAUCCAGCCUGGACGGUUCCAACUAUGAUUUUGAUAUCCGCGACUCCACUAUCGAUGCCAUGUACACUUAA